CCACCAACAACAACAACACAAACAGGAGAAGGCUCUACCACCACUGGAAGUGAGUCUGCCGUUAAACAAGAAACACUUUCUAGUGAACAUGCCAAAACUAUUCCCCUUGGCACCAUGCGUCCCGAAGGAGCCAACUCGGGUCGUUUACAAAGUGUCAAUGAGGGUCAAAAGACACGAGGCGGUACUGCCAAAAUGAAAUUCAAACCUACUAUUCCCCACAAGAGAAACAAGAAGGAAGUGUCGUCUUCGGCUAUUGAUGAAGCAUUAAACUCUAAACCUGGAUUCAAUAAUGAUCGUGGACGUGGUAGAGGACGUGGAGAAAGAGGAAGAGGAGGACGUGGAAGAGGACGUGGUAGAGGUAUUAUCAUGGUAGAUGAAUCCACAGCCUCUGGUAUCUUUUCCUUGGGUCCCUCUGCUGUUUCAAGAGGAAGACCUGGUCAUGGUGGUGCUGGUUUUGCUUCAUUUGGUGGUGAUGUUCCCUCACGAACAGAAGGAGAUAGUGCAGAAUCUGAUAUGGUGGAAAUGUUUACAAAUGCUAUUGGUAAAGAUACACCCGUCACAUUUAGACAUACAUCCCGUUUAGAAGGAGAUGUUGAUCCUGUCACUUUAUCACAACCUGUUGGUAGUAUUCCUUGGAUGUCUGUCAAGUCAAAGAAACCCGUGGUGGAUGUGAGUUCAGUGAAGGAGGAACAGGGAGUGGAAGGAAUGGAAGUGGAUACAAAAGAAGUGGAAAUAGAAGAAGAAGAAGAAGAGGCGUUACCACCUGUGUUUAUGGAAAGUGAUUCACCUGCACAAGAUAUCUUUGCAUUGGAUGAGAAACAUCGCCUUGUAUGUGUGGCAGAGGAUGAAUUACUUUAUUUCCAAUUACCUACUGUGGUACCUCAAUUUGAAAAGCCUAAAGAAGAAGAAAAGGAAGAUGUGGAGAUGACAGAGGAAAAAACUGAGACGGUUGUCAAGACAGAAGGAGGAGAGGAAGCUGAAAAGGUGUUACCAACGGCUGCUAAGAAAUCAACUUUAGAGGAAGCCAUGUCACAGUUAGAUUUAGAUGAUAUGCCCGAUGGACAAAUUGGUAAAUUAAUCGUGUACAAGAGUGGUAAAAUGAAGAUGAAGUUGGGUAAUAUCUUGUUGGAUGUCAAUCAAGGUAUGCAAUCCAGUUUCUUGGAAAAUGUCAUGGUCAUUGAUCAUGAAAGUGAGGAAACAAAGAAGGCUAUUGAGUUGGGUCAUAUCGUCCAAAAGUUUGUGUGUGCUCCCAACAUGGAUGCUCUCUUAAAAGACGAUGAAGACGCGCUUAUUUAAUUUUUUUUUUUAAUUUUUUAUAUAAUAAAUUUUUUUUCUCUUUUUUUUUUUUUACACACACACACACACACACACACACAGAAAUGCUGUC